UGGGCAGUGUCUGUACACGAUCUGCGUUUUGCAGACGGGAAGAUUCUUGUUUUUGAUUCAGCUGGCUUUUAAAAGUACUGCAUCACCCAGAGGUAGACGCAAAGAAGCAGCAGCUUCUACUUAGCAUUAAACUAAAAUGGAUGUGAAAGAGGAGACGUGUGAGGCUGACAUAAAUACAGUGGAGAUAAUGACUGUAACUGUUAAGGAAGAGGACGACUAUGAAUGGGAGUCUGUCUACUCAGAACAGGAGAAUCUGGGCAUUAAGGAUGAGGAUUAUGAAAUGGUGACUGUGGGCAUUGAAGAAGAGGCAGAUGGGGCAUCUGUCAGCAUUAAGACACACGUACAUAAAACUCCGGGGCGUGUUGACCUCAAGGUGAGGUCUGAGCCUGACACAAAGAGAACUGAGGAAAAUUCAUCUAUUGGAAUUUGGGAAGAUCAACCGUCACCUUUAAAUGACUCUAAAAUAACUUUACAAGUCAAAGACGGCUUCUUAUCCUCGUUGGCUCAGGCUUCUCUUCAGUUCAGAUCACAACAGACAUCGCAUGAUAAAAAUGCCUCAUUACAGGAUAAUUCUUGGCCACCAAUGAAACGAACGACAGUGGGUGCAAUCACAUGUAAACUUCAGACACACAAUUCAGACUCUGCCACAGUCCAUCAGGAACAGGUGAAAAGUAUUCAAGGCAAGUCUAAAUCCAGGAAUGUUAAUUCAAGUCAAACACAACAGAAGGUGUAUCAGUGUUCUGAAUGUGGCAAACAAUUCACCACCAGCAAUGGCCUUCAGUAUCACAAAAGAAUUCACACUGGUGAGAAGGCAUAUUGCUGUUCAGACUGUGGCAAACGAUUCACCACCAGCAGCAACCUUCAAGACCACAGAAGAAUUCACACCGGAGAGAAGCCAUAUUGCUGUUCAGAAUGUGGAAAGCAGUUUUCUGAAAGGAGCAGCUUUCAGAAGCACAAAAAAAUUCAUACGGGAGAAAAGCCGUAUUCUUGCUCUGAAUGUGGCAAGCAGUUUUCACAAAUGAGUGCUCUUCAGUCCCAUACACGAAUUCAUACUGGAGAGAAGCCAUAUUCAUGUUCUGAAUGUGGAAAAGCAUUCACCACCAACCAUAGCCUUCAGGAUCACAGAAGAAUUCACACUGGAGAAAAACCGUAUUGCUGUUCUGAAUGUGGAAAAGAAUUCACAUGCAAGAGCAGCCUACAGAAGCACAAACGAACACAUACAGGAGGGAAGCCAUAUGGGUGUUCUGAAUGUGGAAAAAUGUUCACCAGCAACAGCAACCUUAAGGACCACAGAAGAAUUCACACUGGAGAGAAACCAUAUGGUUGUUCUGAAUGUGGCAAAGGAUUCACCACCAGUAGCUCUCUUCAAACACACAUACGAGUUCACACUGGAGAGAAGCCAUAUUGUUGUUCUGAAUGUGGGAAAGGAUUUGUCACCAGCAGCAGCCUUCUGGAACACAGAAGAAUUCACACUGGAGAGAAACCAUACUGUUGUUCUGAAUGUGGUAAAGGAUUCACCCACCAUAGCAGUUUUCAGUACCACAGAAGAAUUCACACUGGAGAAAAGCCAUAUAGUUGUUCCGAGUGUGGAAAACAAUUCACCACAAGUAGCUCACUUCAGAUACACAGAAGAUUUCACAGUAGCAGUCCAAAAAAUCAAAUAAGUCAAGAAUCACCUUCAGGAUUUGGAGAGAAGGAGAUUCGCAUCAUGGAUGUGCAGCCGACAAAUCUGCAGCAAAUGCGCUAUGCUAUCAUGUCACUAUGGACCAGAAACCCUGAGGACUGUUUCCAGCACAUUGCUGAAUCUAUGCCACGAAGUUCUGAAGGCAAAAGGCGAUCCAACCCGCUUAAGGUGAUAGCCACUGACCCCUUCAAAACAGUGAACCCACUUUUUCGUUCGGAGCACCGUCCACCCACGUCUACCAUUUUGAAUGUCAGCUCUUUAAAGGUAAACGUGUUUUCUACGAUCCCAGUUGUCAUGUCUCAGGACUGGAGAAUGUCUUCAAUAGUUGGGGAUAUAGUCAACCGCAGAAAUGCGAUCAAGGUCAUUAAGAUAGAGAAGAAGCUUGAUCUCACGGCAUUGCCGCUGACUCUCAGAGCGCAGGUGUCUGUCGAUUCUGUGAGAAUGCCGAGCGGCCUCCUUUUCCUCCGAGCUUUGACAACAUCCCAUGUUCAUCCUGAGAGAGAGUUAGAGAAAGUAUGCGUGAAGGAGGAUGAUGAAGCAGGGACACGUUUAGCUCUGCUGAUGAACAUGGGAUGUUGUCAAAGCUCGGAGGAAAAGGAGGCCGCUUGGCGUUCUCGUAGAAUCGACCGACACCUGCGCUCUGAGAGUCAGCGGCAAUGCCGUGAGAUCAAGCUUCUUCUCCUUGGCACCAGCAAUUCAGGAAAAAGCACUAUAGUGAAGCAUAUGAAGAUAAUCCACAAUGGUGGCUUUAACUUGGAGGCCUGCAUGGAAGAAAAAGAAAAAGCUGCCAUUACCUGCAACAUCUAUAUGGAUGUGAAAGAGGAGACGUGCGAAGCUGACAUGACUAGUGUGGAGAAAAGGACCGUAAAUGUUAAGGAGGAGGACCAUGAAUGGGAGUCUGUCCACCCUAAACAGGAGAGUCUGGGCAUUAAGGAGGAGGAAUGCAAACAGGAGUCAGUGAUCAUUAAAGAAGAGGCUGAAGAGAAGUGUGUCAAUAAUGAGACACACAAAUAUAAAAUUAUGGAGGGUGUUAAGGAAGACCACCUUUGUUAUGGGUGUGAAGAUGGAAUAAUGACCAAUUUAGUCUCAUCUCAGAACAGAAACUCUUCAUCUCUGGAGUCUUCUAUCAAUGUGAAGUCUGAAAUAUUACAGUCUGACACCAAGAGGACAGAGGACAUUGCAUCAGUUAGAACUCAGGAAGAUCAGCCAACACCUGCAAAGAAGUCUGGAAGAAUUGCCCAUAAGCACUGCUGGCUGGGCCCCUACAGGAACAUCCCUAUUGCCAUGCUUGAUGAUGGAACCUGUAGACCUGAAGCAAAAGAGGCAGGCGGCGGCGCGCAGUUUAAACCACAGGAAGCGAGCACCAAGGAGGAAGCAGCUGGCAUUUACUGUGACAGCAGAAUGGAUGUGAAAGAGAAAACGUGUGAGGGUGACAUAAAUACCAUGGAGAAAAUGACUGUAGAUAUUAAGGAGGAGGAUUGUAAAUGGGAGAUGGUCCAUCCUAAAGAGGAGAAUAUGUGCAUUAAGAGUGAGGAUUCUGAACUGGGGUCGGCAGGCAUGAAAGAGGAGGCUGAGGUGAAGUCUGAAUCAUUACAAUGUGACGCAAAGAGGGCUGAGGAAACUUCAUCUCCUAGAACACGGGAAGAGCAGCCAUCCACUUUAAAUCAGUCUGGAGAAAAUUCUCUGGAGGGUUGCAGCUUUUCUCCAUCUUUACCCACUCCGACUCCUCUUCACUUCAAAGCGCAAAUGGCAUCUCAUAUUGAAAAUAUGAUCAAAUCGGCACCUGGAUCAGAGAGUUUAACUCUGGUCUCUUUACGGUUUAUUUCGGUGCGCGUUGUGAAGCAAAAGAGGACAGCCGCAAUUGCCAGCCAGCAACAGGUUCAAAAUAGAAACCCGGGACCUUCGUAUGUCUGCCAAGAGCAAAGGAAAACUUCUGAAUGCAAACCUAUACCAGCGGAAAUCAGUGGAACCACCAGUGGAGGCAGUCUUAAAAAACAGCCCCGAGUUAACACUGGAGAGAAGUCAUUUUGCUGCACUGAAUGUGGCAAGAAAUUUUCUCGAAGCAGCUAUCUUAAAAUCCAUAGAAGAAUUCAUACAGGAGAGAAGCCAUAUUCUUGUUUGGAAUGUGAAAAGCAAUUUUCUGACCGACGCACUUUGCAUAACCAUAGAAGAAUUCAUACAGGAGAGAAACCAUAUUCCUGCUCAGAAUGUGAUAAAAGAUUUUUUAGGAAGACUGAUAUGUUGAAACAUUCUAGUGUUCAUAAAAAAGAGAAACCGUAUUGCUGCACUGAAUGUGGAAAACAAUUUUCCCGAAACAGUUACCUUCAAAACCACAAAAGAAUUCAUACUGGGGAGAAGCCAUUUUGCUGUUUGGAAUGUGGAAAACAAUUUUCACAAAGGAGCUAUCUUCAGGCCCACACAAGAAUUCAUACAGGAGAGAAGCCAUUUAAGUGUUCUGAGUGUAGAAAACAAUUUUCAGACAGGAGCUAUUUCUAUGCCCACGUAAAACUUCACAGUGAGAAACCCUACGGCUGUUCAAAAUGUGGCAAACGAUUCUCAGAGAUGGAUGCUCUUAAUACACAUUCUAAAGUUCACACCGGAGAGAAGCCAUUUUGUUGCACUGAAUGUGGAAAACAAUUUUCCCGAAGCAGACAUCUUGAAACCCACACAAGAAUUCAUACUGGCGAAAAGCCGUUUUGCUGUCCUGAAUGUGGCAAACAAUUUUCGGACAAGAGCAAUUUUAAUAGCCACAAAAGAACUCAUACUGGAAAUAAGCCGUUUGGCUGCCCUGAAUGUGGGAAACGAUUUUCACAAAGGAGUGCUCUUCAGACCCACGAAAGAACUCAUACUGGGCAGAAGCCGUAUUGCUGUUCCGAGUGUGGAAAAAAAUUCUCACAAAUGAGUGGCCUUCAGAAUCAUGCAAGAAUCCACACUGGGGAGAAAUUAUAUUGUUGUUCAAAAUGUGGCCGAGGGUUUUCCCAAAUUGGCCAUCUUCAGCGACACACAAGAAUUCACUUUAGAGGGAAGUACUUAAAACUCAAAGGCAAAAAAAAAACGAGUACCAAGAAAGGUGAUCCUGUAAUGAGCUAGAUGUGGAAUUGAACAAUUGAGAUUGUGCCAGAAGUGCUACGAUCAACAGGUCUUAUCAAAACAAAAAAAAGAAAUAAAAUUCCAUGCCCGUCUACAGUAGGUGCCCUACUAAUUACUAUCACUCUUUAUAACCUAGAGAAGGGACAAUACAAGUAGUAUGCAGAGCAAAUCUAAGAGAAUAAAAGUAACUUCAUGACUCAAGAGUGAGGGUCCUGAAAGUAAGCAAACCAACCAUUGGUAAGAAAUUAACUUUGGUUAGAAGAUAUGGAUGUGCCUUGGUUUUAAAUGAUGGAGAAAUAUUCUGGACAACAUUAAAUAAACAUACAAAUAAAUAAAAACACUGUAAAAUUUGACAAUAACGAAAAAGAGCCUGACAUGUGAGAGUAAAUAAAUGAUAGAGAAUGUGUUUUUGUUUGUUUGUUGUCCAUGAUAUUCCUCCAUGCUUUCGCUUGUCAAAGUUGAGAGGAAACAAAAUAUUUUGUGUUCUUCAAGCAAACUCUUGAUGGUACAAGUGGAAACUUGAAGAUACAUAACUAAGAGGUGUAAGCCUUGAUCUGAAAUAUUAUAAACAAGAAGUAGAUUUCUGUGUGUGUGUGUGUGUAUGUAUGUAUUACCAUUUUUUUAUUCAUUUUUGUGUGAACUCCACUAAAACUUUUAAGACUCUGGACAUUUUUUGUGCUCACAUCAAACUCAAUGCUUGAAACUUUCCAGUAGCUGUAAGAUUGUGGAAACCUUCAAGGAAUGCAGCUACAGUAUAAAUGGACGUCAUGUAAGUUUAUCCAACGGGAGACGCAUGUGGGAAUGGGAAUGAGUUAUUUUGGAAUUGCAGCCCCUACUUGAACUUUUGCAUACCACAACAAAGGUAUUAAGACUAGAGAAAUAUGGUACAAUGCUUUACAAUACAGCUCUUCCCUCCUAAUUUAAAUUACAAUGUACGAUAUAAUGCAUACAGUUGCAGAAAAGACAUGGAACUGUACAAUUGUCAGUUAUUUCCUCAGUUGGAUCUUUUGACAUCUGUAUGUUCACCUUCAUAGUAGAUGGAGGCAUUUCUCUUAGCAGAGCCUUUAUGGGAUGAUUGUCAGUGAUGCUCCGACUGGCCGUCUAUUUGUUUGGGACUCUUUCUAAUGGCCGAUACUCUGGUAUAUUGUGAAUACUAAUACUACUAUUCUGUGUGUGGGUUGGACACUGUUCUACCAUUGUAGUGCGUUCAAUGAGUUCUUUGCAUGUUCUUCUGACCAAUACUAUAAAUGGAUCAGGCUCCCUUUAAACAAUUGAACAUGUUUUUAGAAUAUCUGAUUGGCCGGCUACAUUCUUUAGCCCUCUGUCAAACUGGAGCAGUGCACCUGCUCUAAUCGCUCACCUCCAUUAAGAGGUCCCAUUUUACAGCCCGUCACGGCUGCAUGUGAAGAUUUCUGUUUGACAUCAAUUAGCAAACCUUAUAAAGUACUUGGCUGAAAUGCAUGUUUAAACAUACUGUAUAUUCAAUAUAAACGAUGCUAACAGAUCACAUUAUUGCAUCAUUAUUAUUAUACAACUGGUUAUUUUAUUGGUUUUUCGACCCAUUGUUACGACUCAUAUAAAAACAGUCAGCCUCAGAUAUUGAGAGCGUCAGCAUGAGGCCAAUAAGAAGUGUUGUAAGAACAGCAGGCAGUGUUAUGUUUUUCAUACUGGACGCUAGUUUCAGGAUGAUGGUUUAAUGUAUUAGGAUUCAUGUUGUUAUAUACUAUAUUGUUAAAUAUAGCUUAUCAGUUUAUACUCCUUAUUGACACUAAAUAAAGUUUGCUGGUUUACUUCA